AACGCCGCAGUUUGGCUUAAUUAACAUUUAAUCAUUUUAUUUUAAUGCAAACACUAAGAAAAUAUUGAAAAUCCAAAAUUUCGUGGCUUAAACCACAAAGGAAACUUUAAAAACUAUUGCGAUAAAACAAAAUAUUCAUUGAUUUAAAAUUAAAAUAUGUGGAUUGAGUUAUCGCUAGUAGUCCAUCUCUAAUCGCACGAGGUUUGAAAAUGACGGAAGCAGAGGAAAUCAACGGCAGAGAAGAAGUGGAGGAUGAUGAGCAGGAUCAAAAGCAAAAGAAAUCCGACGUGAAACGACAUGACGACGGCGCCGCAGACUUGGAACGUGUUACGGAUUAUGCCGAGGAAAAGGAGAUAUCUGCAGCCAACAUUUCCAGCGCUGUGGAACAGUUUGGCAACCAGCGCAACAAGGAGAACGAGCUGCGGGUAGCCAAAGAAAAGGAGCUCCAGAAGGUCCAAGUCAAGAAGGAGGACAUUGAACUGAUCAUGAACGAGCUGCUGGUUAGCAAGGCGCAUGCCGAGAAAGUGCUCCGCGAGCAGAGCGGCGAUGUGGUAGCCGCCUUGGAAGCCAUCAUCAGCAACUGAGCUGAGGUGCUUGGGGAACCUGGACUAAUCGCCGUCUGUUUCUUUUAUGUAGCGUAACACUGCUUUAUUUGUACAUUUAUAAACUCUAGCGAAGAAAACAAAACAAAACUUUUAAACCCA